CGUGACGAAAUUCCAUAGCCGUAAAAUCGCGCGUCGAAAGUGUCAUCCGAUUGCGCGCCGUUUGCGGAUACAGUGAGUGAUACAGUGUCGUGAUUGGUUUCGCUUCGUACACGUGGAUACGAUUUUUGGUUAGUUUUCUCCAAGCAUCGAAAAGGAUAUCCGCCGCUUGUCGGUUCAUUUGCCUCGAGGAAUUGCUUUCGGUGAAAGGAAUUUCUCGACUUAGGCUAGGAUGUCACAUCACAGCGACGAUAACAUGCUGAUAGCAACCUCGGACUCCUUUUGGGAGCCUGGCAACUACAAACGAACGACCAAGAGAAUCGAAGACGGGCACAAGCUCUGCGACAGCUUGAUAGCUUUGGUCCAAGAGAGGGCGGAAAUCGAAAAAAGCUACGCGAAAGCUUUGAAAAAUUGGUCGAAGAAUUGGAACGACAAGAUCGAGAAAGGCCCCGAGUAUGGUACCACCGAGGCGGCGUGGAAAGGCGUUCUAGUCGAAUCGGACAGGCUAUGCGAUCUUCAUCUCAGGGUCAAAGAGAAUCUCUGUAACGACAUCAUUCAGCAAGUGAAAACGUGGCAGAAAGACACGUAUCACAAGUCGAUGAUGACCCUGAAGGAACGCAAGGAGAUGGAGGACGCUUUCAAGAAAGCACAGAAGCCCUGGGUGAAGCUCUUGCAGAAGGUCGAGAAAUCCAAGUCCGAGUACCACAAUAGUUGUAAAACAGAGCGAACGGCCGCGAACAUGGAGAGGAACGCCUCAGCUGACAGUUCGCUUUCCCCAGACCAGAUGGCCCGAGGCUCCGAAAACAAAGCUAUGCUGGUGAAGAAAAUGCAAGACAGGGUGCAGAAGACGAAGGAGGAAGUUCAGAAGGCGAAAGAGAAGUACGAGGCCACCCUGCAGGAGAUCAACCAGUACAACCCUAAGUACAUGGAGGACAUGACUCAGGUGUUCGAGAAAUGCCAAGAAAUGGAGGCGCAACGGCUUCAGUUCUUCAAGGAGGUCCUCUUCGGCAUUCACAAAUGCCUUAAUAUCUCUCAAGAUCCCAUACUUCCACAAAUAUACGAGGAAUUCUACCAUACAAUAAACAACGCGGACCACGAAAAGGACCUGAAAUGGUGGUCGAAUAAUCACGGUGUCAAUAUGGCUAUGAACUGGCCGCAAUUCGAGGACUACACAGAGGAGUUCCGCGACAUCACCAAAGGCUCCAAGUCCAAGGAGGCGCUUCCGGCCGGCUCCAUCACGCUCAUCAAUCAACGCCCGGUCGGCGAGGAUCUGCAUGAAUUUCCAACAGUCAAUAAUAAGGCAAAAUCAAAGCCCAGUGUCAGGGUAAUAUCGACAGACGGGAGUCACGGGGAUAGCAAAACUGACUCCAUUAGUUCCAGUAAAAACGCCUCAGAAAAGAAUAAUCACGAUGGAAGUGCAGUGAACAGAACCUCUACAAUUACUAACGGUACAAACGCUAAACAAGAAUCAAAUCCGUUUGAAGAAGAGGAAUGGGAUGAAGAUGGCGGCGAACCAUUAGUAGAUAACGGAGAACCUGGUGUUCCUGUGCGCGCGUUGUACGACUACGAGGGAGCCGAAGCAGACGAGCUUAGCUUUAAACAAGGUGAUAUAUUCGAGAAACUAGAAGACGAGGACGAACAAGGAUGGUGUAAAGGUAGAAAAGAUGGCAGAGUGGGCCUUUAUCCUGCAAACUACGUAGACCUUGUGUCCCAGUAAAUCACUAUGUGAAGCCAAAUUUCAUGAACAAUGUUAGUUACUUAACACGUGACAUAUACGGAAGAAGAGAAAACAAAAUUUUUAUUUUGUUGUUUAUUUCUCUAUGAAAUAGCGCCUUCAUUAAAAUUUGUAAAUGUUGUUAGGUAAGAGUUACACAAGACUAUAUUAGAGAUCAUUCAUUAUUGUGUGAUAUACUAUGAUCGCUGAAAAAAAAUAAUACAAUAAAUAUUGCAGUUUGGUGUAACAAGUAAAUAAUAUAAAUUCAACGAUUGAAAAAGAUGUUGUAAGUGUCGGAAGGAUAUAAAAAAUUGCGUGCGCCUGGUUUGAUUUUGUUUCUUUUUUUCUCGAACUCAUUUAUAAUUGAUUGCAACAAGCACUAUGAAACGAAACUUUUACUCUUACGGGUAAUGGUUUUCUGUACGUAGUUAGCGUUCCCUCUAUAUCCAUCUGUAUAAUUAGUAAUAGACAAUAAGAUGGAUGACGCCGUAUUACCGCAAAGUAUAUUAAGUUUAGAUGUUUCGAGAUAAUGUACAAUCAUACAUUUUCUGACUCAUUACCAUUGUUGCUACGGAAAAAAUUUCGGCGAACGCGGCGAGAAGUAUAUUUAAUUUAUUGUUAUUCAAAUGAUACUUUUAAAACCUAUUCUGUCUGAAUGAUAUCGUUGUAUAUAAUAGGUCUAAGAACAUAACGGUAUGUAAAGUUGCAAUUGUUUAACAAAGUUAAGAUUUUAUGAUGUUUGAAGUACAUCGGCUAAAAAUGAAAUACUUCAAAAAAGAAACAAAGUGCGUACAUUAAUUGUACUCAAUAAAUUGGGGACCCAGAAUUGCCCAGAGCUUUUUUUAUCUAUUAAGAAGAAACAAACAAUAAAUUAUUGACUCGUAAAAAAAAAAUGAAUUUUGGUUAUAAAUUAUGGUUAUAGUAAUGUAAAAAUAUUUACCAUUUGUUAAGUUGUAACAGAAAAUUUUCAUAAUUAGUUAUUGCGUGUCUUGUACAUAAUUUCUUUCUGUGUCAAAAACAAUAUUCGAUUAUCUUCUAUGGAUAAAAUCUUGGUAUCUUUUUGUUUUAAUUGAACGAAACUUUAUAUAAAAAUUAAUUACAGGAUAUUGAAGAUAUUUCAUAUAAUCGCUACUCUUUUUCCUAGUAGACGUGACACGACCUAAGAAAUGAAAAUGAAAGCGCAAAAUGUAUCGAGUGCGAUAAAUAUCUGCUUUCACGGUAUGAAUUACUUGAUGUUGAGUUACGCAUUCAUCAUGAAUCCAUGUACCUUCGCUAUAACAUGCUUUCAGAGUAUCUUUAGUAUAGGGACACUGUUAUGUUAAUGUAAACAACAAUGUUGCAAAGCAAUCACGAAACCAAACGAACUGUAGAUUUAAAUGGUUCGAAAGGAAGCAUUUAUAGUUUUUUUUUGUUUGUUUUUCAUGUAACGAGAUGAAUUCAAAAGCAGUUAGAGUCAGCUUUAAUAAAGUCAGUUGUUAUUUAUAUACAUUGAUUUCGCGAAGCGCUCCGAAGAGUUGAUUUGCAGUCAUGUUUUAAUGAUAUAUAGUGAUAAAAUGCUAGUUAUUCUUCACAAGUAAAUAACGUGUCACUGUAUACAGUAUUUAUGUAAAUAUAGUAGAAUAUAAUAAGAUUUACAAUUCAGCCAACGACUGAUUUUUGUAAUUGUUUACAUCAUUAGUCCUCCAAAUUAUUUUCUGUAAAGAGUGUUCGCGAUUCCAUGUUGUUAAAUAGACUAGUUUGUGUAUAAAAUUUAUUAUGUAUAACUUAAUAAGUAGAAUAUGUAUGAAAUAUUACAUAAUUCAUGAGACAGAUGACUUUUCGAUUAAAUGACUAUGAUGCGUCAAUGAAUUUCAUAAAUGAUUUUUUAAGUUUACAAAAAUUACAGCGUGAUAAAUUCAUACGUUAUUUAAUUGCGAAUGUGAACGCCUAAUUUCGGUCACGUUCUGACGAAAAUAAUUAAAUGUAAAAUUGUUAAAAAGGACAAAUUUAUGUACAACAUUAUUUCGUAUAAAAACAUUAUAUUUGCAUACUCAUUGAUAUACAUGUUAAAUUCCAAUCAACAAAAUACGUUACAGUUUAUACACAAGUGUUUAUUUAAUCAAUCCUAAUUCUAAUCCGUUCUACUUGAAAUACUUCAUCGCGUAGAUUUUAUAUUACAGUUCAUAUUUGUUGAAAAUAAAACUGUACUUUAUUUAUGUAUAAACAGUUGGUAUUUAUUGGAAAUAAAUCUGUGCUUUAUUAAGUA